CUCCAUUUCGCUUCUAAAAAGACGUACACAUUUUCUCCGAACUUUGCCUACCCUCUCCUAAUUCACGCGAACAACCUAGUCAAAUCCCAGCGCGUCUUGCUGUUAUUCAUUACAUUCAUAGACUUCUUACACCUUUACACCGAGUCUUAACAUCGAGUCGAUUCGUCUGGACUAUCUAACGGAAAGAGGGGAAGCAAAAGGCCUUUUUAUAAUACACCAUGGAUUUCAGGAGGCUAUUUCACGCGUCUUGUCCAUGGGUUAAGAAAUACAAUUUUUCCACAAAUCUCUUUUUUCAUUGCUUGUCAGGGUCGAUCGGGUCAGGUACCAGCAUUCAAACACACUGCAAUAGAUCCAGACAGGUACUAGGAAGAGCCAGAUGCCCUAUGGGCUAUUCAUCGUACUCAGAUCAGAGCUGUCGGACCGGAACGCGGAAUCAGCGUCUAUUUCAUGUUCAUACAAUCCAAUCGGAUCAUCGCCUUCAGGUACGACACGGAUCAACUCCUCAUUGCUCGGCAGGAUCACGGAUAUGUCAUUAUCAUCGUAAUCACCAUAAUCAUCAUCAGCACCACCAUCACCAUCAUCGCUGCCACUACUAUCAUGCUUCCGAUCGACAACAGACAUCUAGUUUUCACAGUCAAGCGUCAUUCCCUAAUCAUUACAGGAGUUUGAAAUCGUCAUCAUUAAUCCAUUUACGUUGCCGCCACCAAAAUGUCAAUAUGUCGCCAUCAUCGUCCAUGACUGCAGAAGAAAUCCGGCAGUUCACCACAACCCGUGACAAAUCUAUAGGACGCAAACUGACUCGGUCAUCAUUUUCUUCAGCACCCGCAUCAUUAGCAGUAUAUUUUUCAUCAUCAUCAUUAUCAUCAUCAGUAUCAUCCUCAGUAUCAGCAUCAGCAUCAGCAUCAGCAUCAGCAUCAGCAUCAGCAUCAGCAUCAAAAUCAGUAGCAUCUAGAUCUUCAACGUGUUUUAUAUCUACGUCUGCACCCUCUUUCGUACAUAAAUCUCAGAUCUCUACAAUCUUCAAUUCUAGUCAAAUAAAACGUCUGGGACAGCGGCGGCGGCGACUCGAAGCCAUGCACCGGUUUCGACAGCUACGAGAAAUACGAUUGAAACAAGCAUCAAUACCUAGGCAUUCACCACAGCUUCUUAUGGGGAUGAAUGGGACUGCAAGUAGAUCGGGCACUAUUAGUCGAAAUAAGCGAAUUAGUAUACUGCGGAGGCGUGCACGACUAAGGAAGUGGAUCCGCUCAUCCGCUGAACAAGGAGCAGGCGUUAGGGCUGAGAUAAACGGAAGUGGUGAUGGUGAAGGCGGAAGCAUUUCAAAGUUUCCACGGUACCUUCACGUCCAUUAUCAUCACAUCAAACGAUAUCCUGCUAGGAUACGAUUGCUUGGUUUCGAACAUUUCCUUCGACUCACUCGAUUCAAUUCAGGCAUUGGGCGAGAAGCAUAUCAACGGGCCAAAAACGUGAAUCUACAACGCAUUUAUCGCAAGGUCCAGAACUCCAAAUAUUCGUGGAGAAGACCCUUUAUUAGAUGGAACAGCUAUAGGCUAAAAAGCUUAAAAGCAGCCCUCCAGAAAGGAAAAGUCGAAAGAGCAAUGCGGAUAGCAAAAAUCGUUUUCCGGGAUCGUCAAUGGGGAGCCAGAUUACCAAUUAGCGCUCAUCUUUAUAUGCUCACUAGAGCAGAUCAAGCGCUCUAUGUGAAUAGUCAAGAAGCUUUACUUUCAUCAACACAAUCCUCGUUAUUGAAGUCUUCAUCAUUCUCCAAGGAACCAUCACUGGAGUCUUCUUUUAUCAAUCGUUCUUGGGAUUCGAGCUGGCGCUUGUCUACUAUGGAUUACAAUACCAUGUUGAGAACAUGUAUAGAACGCAAACAAUGGACUACUGGAUAUAAGAUUGCAUCCAUUUUAGUCAAGCGCUACAAGUCCCCCGAUUUCGAUUUUGUUUCAGAUGCAACAGCACCUAAUACUGCUACGAUCGAUCUCAUUUCGAAACUUCUUAUCCAUCAACAGCGACCUAGAAAAGUUCAAACGUUUCUCAAUCACCUUUAUGGCCGAUAUCCUCACAGGAUCCCAAUCGACUACUAUGUCUCGCUUUUGAAGGCUUUGGCAACCAUGAGGAAACAAAAGCCGCUGAUGGAAUCUAUUUUAUCGGAUAUGCAAAAGUAUGGACUGGAGCCUACGACAACGCUAUACAAUACUCUUUUAAAAGCGAAUGGAUUACAUGAGGGGGCUGCGAAGGCAGAGGAAUUUUUGCAAAAGAUGCUCGGCCUUGGUUUAGUCGCGGAUCAACAAACCUUUCGGAUUCUCAUUGACGCAUCAUUAGGCGAGCUUGACUUUGCGCGGGCGCACCGCUGGCUGGCAGAGUAUAGACGACAGGGCUUUGAAGUGACACCCAGGAUGAUGGAUCCGUUUAUGAAAACCUGUAUUCAGGAGGUUAUUGAAGCACCCAAAUCCAUUAAGAAGGAUAAGCCUCUUGAUCCACGACAAAGCAGUUACCGUCAAGAGUGGAUGUACAAGGCACUACAGUUGAUUCAGUUCAUGAAAAGCCAACGACUUGUACCCACUGCUUUGAUGUUUGAUCUUCUUAUCGAGGGGCUUUUAUCGCAACAUAACUUGAAAGAGGCCAAAAAUGCAUUGAAUCUCAUGAGGGGGAGCCCUCAUUUAUAUACUCCAGCCCUCAAAACCUGGAUCUUAUUUUUCGAGUACUAUCUCAGUCAAGAUGAUCAUAGAUCAGCACUCAAGACAUUGAAUGAGAUGCGACUUGCAAUAGGCCAAUCCCGUCAAAUGAGUGUGAGUGAAUCGGAGAUCGUUCGCAGCCGAGACCUUGAUCCAGAACUUGUAGCCUCCAUUGUUGCCAAUAAGGAGGUUGUACCCACACGACUGUACCACCAACUGUUUCGUCAUUUGCUAGACCGCAACAAAGUGUCCUUGGCAGAGAGAACUCUGUACGAGAUGAUGAUCCGACAGGGUACUGCCUACCCAAGUGAGCGUGAGGUUGUGGAGCUGAUUUGGAAACUAGAACGUUACCCAGAGGCAGCAGAGCGUGUAUAUGAGCUGCUCUAUUCUUUGACGGGCAAACCUGGGCGCUAUCGAAACCCAAAGCUCAUACAUCCUAUGCGGAGGAAUCAGAUCAUGAGUCAGGGGCCUAUUCAAUUGGCUAAUGUCGGUGUGAUGCAUGCCAAGGCUCUGACCGAUAGUUUGGCACUGCGCAACGAUGUCUGGAAUGAGUGGAUGGCGAUGACCCUGGAGGUUGCAGGCCGUAAGAGUGACCUCUUUAAGUUUCAGAAAGGGAAGCGAGGACAACGAGGACAACGAGGGCAACGAGGGCAACAAGAACAAGAACAUAGCCCCCUUGAAGUGCUGAGUGUCAAGGAGAAAUCAGCAUUGGCAUUGGCAUUUGAGCAGGUCGCAAGGGCUAUGCGCAAACGAUUUGCUGUGGUUGAGCCCGUUAAACCAAAGGAUACGACCGAUAUGGAUGCUGCUGCUGCUGCUGCUGAUGGUAAUACCAUGUCAUUGUCGUCAAGAACAUCCAAUGGGACAUUAGGAGGAUGGGGAUUUGAUCAGAUUCGAAAGAGUCUUGGGGGAGCAAGGAUCGGUGCAGGAUUAGGAUUAGGGUUAGGAUUAGGACUUGGUGCGUCUGCUGCAAAAGGUGUUUUAGAACGUUCAAAGCUCUCCUCACACAAUGUUUGUCUUAACAAGAGGAGUCGAGACUUGGUACAGAUUCUUUUGCAGCGACAAGAGUUUCUGAAAGUGCUGAUGGAGCGAGAUGACAAGACCAAGACAACGGCGACGAAUGCGAUGACAGCCAAAUCUGGAUCCGGAUCCAAGUCAGCGGCAAAGCCAAAGUUAGGGACAAAGUCAGAGUUGCCAGAUCGCACUUACCAGUCGAGUUUAUCUAUCGCGACAGAGCAGCUUGAAAAGUUGCAGAGUAGUCUGGAUUGGGUUAUAGAACACAAGAUCCCGAUUCGGAUUGAGGGACUGAAUACGUACCUCCAGAGUUUAAUUUCGCAUCAAGCUUUUGACGAAGUUAAACGAUGUCUCGAGCUGUUCGUAUUACCUGAUGAACCAGCAUCUUAUAAUGCUAGUUCUUUUGAGGCACCACCACCAUCAUCAUUAUCAUCAUCAUCAUCAUCAUCAUCAUCAUUAUCUUCUUCCUCUUCUCCUUCAUCACCAUCACUACCAUCACCAUCAACCACAGCAACCACAACCACACCAACAACAACAACUACAAAAGCUUCUGCUUCACCAUCACUUAAGCUACAACCUAAUGUAAAUACAAUUCGGAUCUUAAACUUUCAUUACCGGUUAUUCCCAGAAGGCAAGAGUUUGAAGGACCAAGUUUUAGCUCAGGGAGGACCGAAACUGGCAGAGGAAUGGGCAACUUUCUUGCAAAAUAGCCGUCGAUCUCGUUGAAUAUUGGAUCUAUAGAGAGCAUGAUGAUGUUGAUGAGAAUGAUGGUAGUAGUAGUAGUAGUAGUGGUGGUGGUGGUAAUGGUGAUAGUGGUAUAGAUGGU